AUAGGUUUAACAUGAACCCUGACAGAAAAGUGAAACAUGAUUGUUUAAACUUUUGGAGUAGGAGAUUUUUAAAGAUUAUUGCUUACCUUGUUUUUUUCAUAACUAUUCUACAAUUUGAAUUCAUAGGAGUAAAAGGUAGUUCUAAAGGAAAGAGCAGAAAAGAUAAGUUGCCUCAGAUGUCGGAAAUUGAAUUAAUGGAUGGUAUUGAACCUUUACCAGAGCAGACAGAGGUAGAAGUUGGAAAUAAAGAUGACUUUAGCGAUGCCAGCCCAACUCGACCUCGAAUGUCAAGCUAUGAACAAAUGAGGAUGGACAGUAUAGAGAAAAACAGAAAAUUUCUGAGUGGCUUGGCAUUUCACCAUAUACCUCAGGAGUCAUGCACGUCUGAAUAUAUUGUUCAAGGUAUAUGGGUAAUCGUGGCGUUUGAGCAGACCUGGUAUCCCGGAUUGGUCAAACACAUUGACAAGGAGAAGGACAGUAUAACAAUAACGUUCAUGCAUCCGAGUGGCAAAAACAAGUUUAAAUGGCCGGUUAAAGAAGACAGAAUAGACGUUGAGAGGAAGUUUGUAAUUUUUGUCUGUUUACCUCCUUGUGCCUGCCCGGAAGGAGAAAACAUGUAUGUUCUACCUGGAACUGACUAUAUAAAAAAUAUAUAUAUUGCAUUUCAGAACAAGUAUUUUACUCAAUAGAUGGGGAGCUGCUCUGUUAAAUAUUAAGUACUAAAUGUUGGCCCCAUUGCUGUCAAUUCUAUCUCAUUAAAUGGCGUUUUUAAUACACCAUUAUGGAAAAAAACUGGCGUUGUCUAAUUUGAGAUCGAUAUCUACACGUGAUUAUUACGAAAUAAAAACGACAUGCUUAAACUCCUUUAUAAGACAGUCAUUAGAACCGAGGA